AUGGUAUAUCUAACGCUCUGCAAGUUUUCUAAAUCUUUCCCGUCGACUCUGUUGUCCGUAUGGACGGCUGCAUUUUUCCUCACACUUUUCUCUCAGCGUGUGAGCGGAAAGGACUGUGUGUGUGAGCUCAAGAACUUGCAGCGUCCUUUCCCAAUGGAGAAACUCGACUCCAUUCAUACUAGUGCUAACCAAUGCACGAAGAGCAUCACAUCAACACAGUUAACGGAGGCGGAUGUGUUGAUGCUGGGAGUGCAGCGGCGGCUGAAGCAGCUGGAUGAGAGUGUGUCUGUGUUGGAGAAUGAAGACGAUGGUGAUCUGUACGGAGCCGUGUCACUGCGUAUCAUCGAACUCGAGCUCGCUGAGAUCCUGGGGCUCAUGGGUAAACUAAAGAAAACCAUCAACUCGCACAAGCAGCUCAGUGAGAGCACGGCAACCAAGCUGCAAAACAUGACAGAAGGCAUGAAGGAGCUCGAGGCCUUCGAUCUUUCGCUCGUGGUGAGCAAACAGCGAGAAAAUCAACGCAUUAAGAGAGAGUUGACUGAGUGUCAGCAUGACCUUCAGGCCACCCCUCAGCCUCCCACUCCUCGCCCACGACACUGUCCACAAGGCCAACUGGUUAAUGUGACUGGCCCUAGAACUUACGCCCUCACCCAGUAUGGAACCUCGUACUAUUAUGGUGCCUGGGGAAAAGACCCAAAACCUGCUCCAGGAAAGGAGGACAUGUACUGGCUGGUGGCUCUGACCAGCAGCAAUGUUCACGCCAACUUUGUGCGGCAUUACAGCAGUUUGAGCACUAUACUGGUAGGCGUUGGUCCUGUGGACACAGUCAUCGCUUCCUCAAACCCCACCACAAACACCAUCAUGGGCCCUAACGCGGUGCAGUAUGGAGACGCGCUAUACUACGGCUGCUAUAAUAUACCCUCUGUUUGUCGCUUUAACAUUUCUGACCGCUCCGUCACUAAUACACCACUUCCACAAAACUCUGGCUCCAAUAACAAGUUUCCUUUCGGCUACCUGGACGCCACGUACAUCUACACAGACUUGGAUUUCGCCACAGAUGAAUCUGGUGUCUGGGUCGUCUACACGGCACCUGACAAUUUUGGCAACGUGAUCCUUAGCGAGGUGAUAGAAGGAAGUCCUCCGUCUUUGGGCCGAACGUGGAGGACAUCACUGCACAAGCGCACUGCCACUAACACCUUCAUGGCAUGCGGAGUGCUUUACGCCACACGCUUCCUGGACAAACAGACAGAGGAAAUCUUCUACUCAUUUAACACAGAGACAAGAGAGGAGCGCUAUGAUCUGAGGAUCCGCAUCAAGAAAAUGCAGACCAAUAUCCAGUCUCUAAAUUACAACCCACGAGACCGAAUGCUCUACGCCUACAGCGACGCAUACAUCGUGUCAUAUGAUGCUGUCUUUGAGUAAACUUCAAUCAACUGUCAUCUCAUGCAAUUCUGUAUUUCAUUAAACUGUCAUCUUCUCAUUCAGCUGUGUGACAAUGAUGCAGAUCACCCUUUCUAUAGAUGGAUCUUUUAAAUGUCAAAACUGAUUUUUUAAACAUUUGUCAGUAGUUUUAGUUUCUUUAUUCCUGAGAAUAAUAUCUGAACAAGUUAUGUCUUGCAGUUAUUAUGUAAACACCUCUUGAUCAAUAAAACAUGACCUUAUGUUAAUGUC